AUGAAUCGCCCAAGUUGGAUAUCAUGGCUGGUAGUCCUUUGCAUUGUACAAAACGUUACUCUGGAAAACUCGGAAGAUUGCCCAAGUAAGUCAUCUUGCACUUCAUUCUGAAAACUGCUUUGAAUACAUUUACAGCAAUAUUUCUUAACUGAUAUCAACUUUUAGCAUCAUUAUAUUACGCCUGCAAUCAUUUCGUUAGGAACAUGUCAAAGUGCUUUGGGUCUCGAAAAUGAUUUCAUCAAGGACAAGCAACUCUCUGCUUUCUCCGCCUACAACAACGAUCCUUCCACCUUCGGCGCUCAUCGAGCUCGGUUAAACUUAAACACAUGGCCCCCAGGUUACAGAGCUGACAAGAAAAGUCUCGAAUCAAGUACAGGAAAUCCAUGGCUUAUGGUUGAUUUAGGAAGGGAAGUAGUUAUCACAGGAAUAGCGACUCAGGGAUAUGGAGAUACAUCAGUGUCAGAGUGGGUUACUAGUUAUCGGCUAAUGCAUGCUGUCGAGAAACUGGGUUCUGUUUAUUAUAGUUUCAUGGACGCAAAUGGCGACGUUCAGGUAAUCAUGUUGUCUACGUAUAGUGUUAUUCAAUGUAAAUAACUUUGAGAAUCGGUUUCGCGCUCUCCAGGAAAUCUUUGUUUGAUGUUGUAGAUUCAUUUGCCAUGAAUUUAUGAUACGUUGUUUUAUCUUGGCCUUCAUAUUCACUAUUUCACUAUUUCAGAACAGGCACCGAUUAUCAAGGCCCAACCCCCCCCCCCCCCCAAAAAAAAAAAAAAAAAAAAAAAAAAAAAAUUUCGACACAUAUUUUUUUUAAAAAAAAAAAAAUUAAUUCCUCUAAAGGAAAACCCCCAACUGUUUCAAGGAACUCGUUGCACAAUAAAUUAAGUGUCCAUUUUCAAAUAAGAAAUUUUUUUUUUUUUUUAUUAUACUGUUGAUUUGUGUAUUAUAAUGAAAAUCUUAUGAAAAUGUUUUCCCGCGUCACAAAAAAAUUUUUUUUUGUUUUUUAUAUUUUUUUUUCCUUAAUUUUUGUUAUCUUUUUUUAUUUUUCGCCUCAAAAUCACUCUUUCCCCUAUUCCAAAAAAAAACAAAAAAACAAACCCCCACCCCCCCCCCCCCCAAAAAAAAAAAAAAAAAAUAAAAUAAAAUAAAAUAGAAAAGACUUGGCUCAUGUAUGUUUUUACAAAGAAAAUACUUGAUUCCCUCUAAGGAAGACCCCUGACUUGUCUCAAGUAUCCAGUUGACAAAUAAUUAAAGUUGCUACUUCAAAAUAAGUAUUUUAUUUUCAUCUAAGUAAAAUUGUGCAUUUGCGUGAAAAUUACGCGCGUUUGCCAUGAAAAUUAGUUUGAUACAUCAUAUACUUGGAAGCCAUAGAAUAAGAGACAAAAGAACCACAGGGAAGCAUUCUUUGAGAGUCAGUGAGAUCGCUAUUGUAACCCUUUGACUCGUUGUUUUCGAAUGAAGCCUAUUCAGUCGACUAGCUAAAGAAAAUGUAAUCUAACCGACAAGGCUUUCGAUUUCUGAUAUAAACUGAACUAAAAGGCAAUACAACGUUUCUGUCAUUCCCCCGCCCGAAAAGAAAAAUAUGAAUAUAAAGAUCACAUAGAAUGUACUGUAGAUUAGUAAUUUUAUUGGUGGUUGGGUGUAUAGAUCAAUUUCAUCACACCAAGCAUUACGCAACAAACGAAGUAUGUAAAAAAAAACCGUCAUCUCAAUGACCCAAGGAUGUACUAAAUAAAAAACUGAUCUAUCUGUCAACGAUGAACAUAUGGAUCAAAUACCUCUAACAAUCCGUUCUUUAAUAACCAUACGUAGCUUACUGAUUUACAAGAGUCGAUAGUUCAAUUUUGCAAUCAGACAUAAAAUCGUCACAAUUCAGUGGUGAAAAUUGCCCCCUAUAAAAAACCUGGUUCUUUAUUCUGUCAUAAUUGAUACUGUAGGGAAUCUGCCGACAACUUAACUUUAAUUGUCCCUUAUUUAAUCCAGAAUUGCACAGUUACAAGCUUACAUCAACAUGAAUUUCCUUUGUCAGCACCUUGUUUUCUUGAAUUCAGACAUUGAAACGGUUGUCGACUCUUUUGCGUAAUUAGCUCAGCUACAAAAAGCAGUGUUCAUCCGAUAUACAGUCAUCAUCCAUGACCGAAAAUGGAGAAGAAAAAACCGAGACGCAAUCGAGUGCUUAAUUCAACGCCUUGACUCAGGCCGAGUGUUCCAAAGGAUAUCGAGACUGGGAUGAUUUUAAGUUUCGUGUCGCGCAUAUGUAUGUACUUUCCGUGCAAAUAGAGAGCUGUUAAUAUUAUGAAGCGUCUGUUUAAAACAGAUAUCGAAGCAAACCCUGUUUCAACCUUUUAAUUUAGAGUACGACAGCCAUUAAAUGAUCCACUGUUCUUAAAAAAAGAAAUAAUAAGCCAAACGUUAUAAAUUCAAAUGGCAGUUAGUAUUCAAUAAGUAAAUGGAUGUUGUCAUGCUUCGUGAAGAUACUCUGAGGUAAUUAUUUCAUUUAUUUAAUAUAGUUUCUUUUUCGGACGGUGCUAGGAGCGCGUUUUGCGCUUUAAAAAGAUCAUUACCGCGUCAUUAUCAUAGGUUACUUGCUACAUUAACAGAAACAUUGAAAAUUAUAUUUCUGUAAUACUCGAGGAGCAACCCCUAAAGAUUUUAAAAUAAUUAUGAAUCGAUGAUGUUGGUUUCGUAAACAUAUUUUCUUGAGAUUGCCAACAGUUUCUAGACUAAUCCUAAAAAUCUACUUUAUUACAUCGAAAAUUCUCUGUUCUUCAUUUCACUUUUAAUGUUGGAAGACAUCCCACAACCCAUUUCAUUCUCAAUCAUUCAAUCACCCUCUCUUAACACGUUCUUAACAACGCUUUGGUUCAGCUUUUGGAAAGAUUAUAGUCUUUCUACAUGCAUCUUACAGGAAGCAAAGAAAUACAACCUAAAUCUUUGUAUCGACCAACAGGAGUGUCUCGUUGUGACGAUAUUUUAGACUUGUUAAAACACGAAAUGCCAGUUGAUUAUAUCGCAAGCAUAAUCACUGAAAUCUAUCUCCACGAUUUAAUUAGGACUUGAAGAUUAUACGCGGUCAUUCACAGUACGUAUUUUCUUUAAGAAUUGUUAAGACAAAACAGUCGACAACUGUUUCAAUGUCUGAAUUCAAGAAAAAAAGGUGCCGACAAAGGAAAUUCAUGUAGAUGUCAGCUUCGAAAAUGUGCAAUUUUAUUUUACAAGUUAAAUCGAUGGCAGAUUCCCCGAAUAUCAGUUUUGAGCGCGUAUAGCAUUCAGUUUUUUAAAAGCCAAUCAGUGUCUUUAUGUGAUAAGGUCUUUACGUAAAGAGGGAUACCAACAGGGAUACUUUUUUAGAUCAAUAGUUUUACCGAAACUAACGUACGGUCUUCCUAUAUACGCGUCCUCAACACCUGAAUUAAAAACAGUCCAGAAUUUUCUACAGCGUUGCUUUAAACGCAAAUACAUAUCUGAUCAAAUUAACAUAUAUAACGUCUUAGGGCCUGUUUACAUGGAGGUUGGGGACCCCAGGUAGGUGAGGUAACCCGCUUAGGUGGGGUAACCCGCCUGUCCAUACAAUCUCUCAUUUUAAUGUUAUUACGUUUACAUGUUAGGUGGGGUAACCCGCCACAUGUUACCUCACCUUCCUGGGGUCCCCCACCUUCAUGUAAACAGGCCCUAAGAAGAGGCGGGCUAUUCAAGAUCUCCAGCAUGCCCGGCCAUCCUUCGUAUCCUUUCCUCCCCAAAACAAAAGAAAUUUCAAUACGCAACGUUUCUAAAAUAGUUCAUUAUAGAUAGGCUGUUCUUCAAAUAUAAAGUAGCAAUUUAAAAUAAAAUGGAUUUUAACAUUUUGAAAAGGUUUUCACUCUUUUAGCUUUUUCAGUGUUCUUAGUUUUUAGCAUGUAUUUUUGCUCAAAACAUGAUAAAGACCUUAUUAUUUUUAAUAUUAUUAAGGCGCUUUUAAAAUCGUUUGCAGGUUUUUGAUGGGAACCAAGACAGCAACACAAUAGUUAAACACGAGGUCAUGGCCCCUGCAGUCGCCAGAACCCUCCUCUUGUUACCUUCCAGCUGGCACAACAACAUUGCCCUCAGAAUAGAGGUUUAUGGCUGCAACCCUGGUAUAUCACCUUGAUUUUUUUUAUCACGCCUUUUGCCCCACAUCCUAACUACAUUACCUCCCAGAGUCACCCGUUUGAAAUAUUUAAUUCUUGGUGAGAGUAAAGUAAACCAAGGUCGCACACUGUUAUAGAGUACAUGUAUAAAUUCGUAACUUGUUUCUAUUAUUAACCAUUAUGAAAAGCCCUUCGUGUGCAAAAUUUUAACUAAAGGAAGCCUGUUUUUUUUCUUUGUUCUAGGAUACUAUUUUGAGGCUUGGUUGGUAUUGACCAAUACUCCAUUUUUGAUGCAAUACCUGAACACUUCAAGCAAUGAACAUAAAGAAGUGGCUUUAAGGGUAACAGAAGAGGUCAGUACAGCAUUAGGGUUAAAAGCCAUAUUCUCUUGAGUUAUUUUCUUACUCGGCAGGAAUUAUCCAGUAGCGUUUACGAAGCAGCGAGGCGGAGUUUUCGAGCAGUCGGAUUCGCAAUCCUCGGUCCCAGGUUCGAGUUCCGCUCCUGUCAAAGCAAACCCAGACGAUUUGCUUCUCGGCAGUACUGAGUCCAGUAAAAAUUCCAGCGUUUGUUUUAAAGCAAAUACUUGAAGCCGGCAGCAGUCUCGCGAGUAAGCAGCGACUGUCUUUUAAUUCUGGAUUGUCGUUAUGGCAGUGGACCAUAAGGCAUUGAUCUUUGUUCAACCCUGCUUUGCUUUGCACUCAACAAAGGCCCUGUUUAAUUUCAUUCAAUUAACUUCCUUUCAGGUCCAUUCGUUUUUUCGCAUGGUGGGAGGAUAUUUGAACAACAGGGUCUUGAAAUUGAGGUGAACACAUUUUGUAGAAUAUUUUUGGCUGAACCUGUUAGAAAAAUAUAGAAAAACGUUUUUGAAGCUGACUUUCAGAUUCACCUAAUCAUCCUACGAUUAUUAAAUUCAUUUGAUUUCGCAAAUGAUACUUUUUUUUAGAAACUUAUCACUUUUUGGUUUGUUGAAAUCAGGUACCCUUAUCUCCCUCCGAUUGUGUAUUUUAUAUAGACCACAACCAUCUUUUGGCAGUACGCUUACAACUGCACAGAUAGCGAUUUACUGCACGGAAUCGAGUACCCAUAACCUCACUACAACACUCAAGCAGUUCAUUCGGCAAGGAGUUCCUCCUGCAGGUACUCCGACACGUUUUGAGCCUGCGUAUCUGGAAAUUAACUACCCGUGUAAGUAGCUAUUUUUUAGUUGUUUCGGGCUUUUUUCCCUUUUGUUAUGGCUUUUCAUGUGUUUUUGGACACUUCAGUGGCUGUGUUACCAAGAUUUCAAUACAAGUCUAAGUUUUAUAAUUUGCUAUUGUUUUAAGGUUUGAUUAAUUAUAAUCAGUUCCUUUUUGUCUAUUGUUUAAUUUGGCUUGAUCUGCUCAAAAAUAUUAGUCAACAAGCUGUAAAUUCGAGAUUAAAAAAGGUUAAUGUAUGCAUCUAUGUACGUAAAGCUCUUACGUGUCUCAUUUAUAUGGCACUCUCAUCAAACACUUAUGCCUUACUUAAUUCCCCUCUUCAGAAACUCUAGGGACAAUGGGCGCAAGCUUUGAGUGUAGUGAUUCCUGGGGUCGUUUGGGUAGACAAACGUUAGGUUUGAUUUGUUGAUGAUAUUCAAGGCAACCAUUAAACAAUCGUGAGUAACGCUUGUUUAGUCAAACAAUCCAAGGAAUCAUUUCGCCGAAAGCUUACACCAUUUCCCUUAUUGUUUUUGGAGUAAGGAAUUCUUUCAUGGAAGCAAUUGUCUCUUUCGUAAACCGUCGCUACCAUUUUUAAGACACUUAGAAAAUUUUUGACCUGUUAUGGAGAGUGUUUCUAUUUAAAAGAAAGACAAUCGAAACCCAGGGUCCAGCCCAGACUGAACUCCGACCUCUCGUAUCCUCUAUCCCUCACCACAACACUACCACACCGACCCGCCAAAAUUCCGAAAAAUUUAAGUACGUCAACCCCUCAAACUGUCUCUUUUAACUGAUACAUCAAUAACAGGUGACCCUAGCCCUUUCCAUAACUUUUCAUGUCAAUUCAACGUUGGCCUCAACGUCGCUCUUUCUGAGACUAUUAAAAUUACUUGCCUUGUUGUAACUUAAGCCAGGGACUAUAAUACAUCUAUCAUAACUAAAGGCUUGGUUACCAAUGGUGGCAUCAACCGUUAAAAAUGGGAACGACCGUUUACGAAAGGAAAUAGGCGUCGUGGAAGUGUCUCAUUGUACAUUUUUAAAAUCACUUUUGGCUAUUAACAAAAGGAUAAUUUAAUCUAUUUCAGUUGCAUGCGAUUGUCAACCACCAGCAGUUAAGCUACCCUUGAAGGGCUCUGUUUCCGAGUCAGACAUAGUGUACACAACACAACGAACAUUAUACCUUUGGCCUAAAGUGACCAUCAGAUGUUCCGCUUCGAAUCAGACAGAUUAUGAAUGGAUGAUGUCAAAGAUCGACCCCAAAACAAAGACCUUCGGGAAAUUUUUAAUGGAAAAAGGAAAGGCCAUCCAGCUAAUACCAUUAAAAUUUGAUGCAGAAAUCUUGUUUGUUGCAUUAAAAGUAGUGAUAGCAGGAGUGCCAGGGACUUCAUCGUAUGACUUCGGAUUUAUAAGAAUCCGUCGACCAGAACUUGUGGCCAAAAUCAACGCACCGAAGUCAAUAACAAGGAACGAAACUGAGGUCAGACUGAAUAGCACAGGCUCUUGCGAUCCAGAGGCAGAAAGUCUUCAUAACAAAGGACUGAAUUUUGCUUGGAAAUGUCAAAGAAAAUGCCUAAAAAGUUUUUUGGAUACUGUAUCAAUUACCAAAGUGGAAUCUGAGCCUUGCUUUGGUAUUGCCAACGAGAGUGAAUCUGUGUUUUCUACAGAAAGUGUAGUUGCCAUUGAAGUCGCCUCCCUAACAUUUGGAUGCACUUACUUUUUUGAGUUGGCAGUGAUGAAAGACAGCAGAGCUGCUUAUGCAGAGCAUGAGUUAGAGUUGAAGUCAAAAGUUCCAUUCUUUGUUCGGUAAGUCAAGCCAAAAUAAUCCAAGUGUUCAGCUAGAUUGGUAAAUAAUAAAUCAAUUUUAGUGAUACGCAAACUUCUAUAUCAUCGGAGGAUUUGUCAUUUGGCAACAAUUCUUAGUGCUGAAUGGCGCCCCUUGAUUGGUUGUUUUACCGUCAGGGAUUUACGGGACGGACCGUUUCCAAGAAGACGGUCCUUCCGGAUAUUUUUCUUGCCCCCCUAAGCACGUUCCGUACAGUCAUAACCUUGGGCUACAACUACUACCAGAAUCCUUUAGGGUUUUGCUUUUUUCUACCAAACUAGGGCUUUUGUUAUUUGAAUUUCACAGGGUUAGCAAAUUUAAAUAUGGAAGAAAAAAAAAAUGAAUUGUGGUCUUAGUAAUAGAGCGAUGUCAAGGUGCCAAUAACUUAUACCACCCAGUAAUGCCCUUGAGCUCGGUUUGUAACAGGUUAAUAGGGAGCUUAAGCAACAACGACGUCGACGGCUACGGAAACGUCACUUAAAAAGUGAAUACACGCUGCUCCAGAGUUUAUCGUGCUUAUUCCAUCUUGAUCAAUUCGUCAAAUGUUGGCAAAUUUCUCUGGAGUUGAAUUCUAAGGGACUGUAUCAAAGUUCAGGAAAAGGAAAAGAAAGUCGUUGUCUUGUGUUCACGUCCUCUAUGAAACGUAAAAUAAAGCAUUUUCACGUCAUAGUCGUGCAGUCACGGCAAAGAAAUGUACAAAAAAGCGUGAUGCACGUACAGGGUUGCUGUUUAGCUAAUCUAAACCUAUAACUUCGUAGCUGUCGCCGUCGUCUUUGCUUAAGCUCCCUAAUAUUCAAUGGUGUCUGAACAUUAAACUGGAUCAUGAGUUCAGAGUAUUUAUUUUCAAUGUUAUUCAGGUGCAUCAAUAAUUGCGCGAAAAAAGUUAGUCCCAAUAAGCUCAUGAAGCUUGAGGUCUUUUGUGGAGGAAUACAGUGCGCCACGAUCGCCACAUUUUCAUGGACCAUUCAUAUUCUUGUAACGAAUCAUCAAGGUGACUCCAUCUGGGAAGAACUGAAAAACGCUAGUGGCCUGGUAAGGACUAGUGAAGACACAACACAGUUUAGUAUAUCCAGCGUGGAUAGUGUGAUUCCAGUCAGAGAUGGGCAGAAAUUUCAAAUCAGAGUAAAUUCGUUUGAUAACAAUGGGCAGCCUCAGGAACAAGAGGUCUAUUCCUUUCUCCUUAACUCGCCACCAAAAAACGUUCAAGGAACAGACAGUGGCUGCAAAGUGACACCGAGAGAAGGCGCCGCCAUUCUUACAGACUUUUAUGUGACUUGCUUGGGUUGGUACGACAAAGAUACACCACUCCGUUACGCUUUUAAAUACACGUUUAGUUCUAGUACGGUUAUCAUUCAAGAUGGAAGUAUUGGAAAUGUGACAAGCAAACUGCCUCUAGGUGACCCUAAUAAAGAUCACGAACGCAUACUGGAGCUGCAAAUUAUUGACGCUUUUGGAGAAUAUACAAGCGUUUUUGUAAAAACAAAGGUGAGGGUCUUAUUUAACCUUUGCUGUACGAAAUUACCUAGACCACACCUUUCAAAGGAAUAUUUCUUUGACAAACGUAAUCUAUACUAUAGUUGUCGACUUAUCAUUUUGAUUAUCAACAUUUUUGCCAUCAUCAUUCUCAUUGUCAUUAUUAUUCUCACCUAGCUUUCACUGCCAAUACCGAUGUGAUUGCCGUUAUCAUCACCAUUAUCAUUGUCACUGUCUUUGCCAUUGCUAAUGCUAUUGCCAUUUUAACUGCUGAAUUAUCAUUGUCAUGGUGGGUGCCAUUGCCAGUUGCUAGUGUCAUGGGCAUGGUCACUCGUUUUCAAUGUCUGUAUGAUAAUAUUUUAGUGUCAGUAGUACCAAAAGACAAUGAAGUAAUGGAGGUAAAAGUAGUAGUCUAAAUAUAGAUUGAAGUGUAGGCUUUCUAAAACUUUCCCUCAGUCGCGUAAUAGUUUGCGCUUGUGUUUUUCUUGUACUUUUUGUUAUUCCAGGUAAAACCACCGCCUGCAUCGGAGGCCCUGUUGAGACUAAUCAAAGAUGCUGAAAAUGAAAUGGAGCUGUUGGUUAACAACAAAGACGUAGAAAAAGCGGCAGAUAUGGCCAUAACGAUACUCUCUGUUGUGGACAACAACGAUAAAUUAAAACAAGACGAAACGGUGAGAUUGACAAACAUCACUAAGUGGGGUUUAGAAAGAUUAAAUUUAUAUAGUUGAGUAUAUCAAAAUUGUCUCUGAAAAAAAAGAACUUAAAGAAAGGAGUAAAUUUUAGGUCGCCGUAGCAGUUUUGGGCAAAGAAACAACGAAUUUAUGGCUAAGUGUACGCUGUGAAGGUCAAUUUUUGUCAUUGUGCAUCGUGCUUGCACGAUAAUCGUGCAUGAGAAGCCGAUAAACGUGUAUCAAACCUGAAUUCCAUUGAUCGUGCAUAGAUAGUGCCUUCAUGGUGCCUUUACUGAGCCUUAACUGUGCUUUCAUCGAGCCUUUUUCGAACAAUCGUUGAUAUAUAUCAUUUGAAGAGAAAACUAUGGUGUUGAAAAGAGAAAGAAAUAAUAAAAAUAAAUUGGGGUAUUUAAGUUGCUAAGAAAGUCCGUUUUGUAUCAUACUCUACGAGUUUGUUUUGUUCUGCAGUGUCAUCGUUCCUCUCUCUUCGCGCUUAAACAACUUAUCGUGCUUAACUGUCGCCUUCAUCGUGCUUACAUAUGGCCGGCCUCAAGGACAAAGGCACGAUGCACGAAAUGACAAAGAACGAUAAUCGAGCCUCUACGCGCAGCUAUGCAUCGUGCCUUGGAAAUUUGGUGCAUUUAAAAAUACUUUCUAACACUAAAAAGGUGUUUUUUAUUUAAUAACCAUGGAAAUUCAGCCAUAAAUUUUGAGCUGAGGAGAAACUUUGGUAUAUGUGCAUCUCUAGAUGCUUUGUCUAUUCUGGUCAAAACAGUUUUUUUUGUAGAGGUAACUGAGACCGAAGCUGAAAGUAGGCCAAAAUGGCGUCUUUUAACCACACUUCAUUUCGUUCACAACAAAUUUAUUUCUUUAAAUCAAAGCUUUAUGCAGAAAAUAGGUACUCGUUAAAAUGCACGUUAAUUGCGCAUCAACUGUGCAUAAAAUCAAGUUUCUAUUCAUGUGUUUAGAGGAACUGUAAGACUAAAUGUAGCAUUAGGCCAUUUAUUACAAAAAGGCGGUCACCAACAUCGUGUGCAUACCCUUAUAUGAUUUUAUAUUGAUUUGUAUUUCAGUUCAAAGACUCUGUGUUACGAAUUAUGUCUGGAGUUGAAGUGAAUCGAUUGAACCUUGUGACAAAGGUAGCGGUCAUUACUGCAUACUCUACCAAGCGUGUAGACAACAGACUUUCUCAGUCCACACAGGUCAGUCCACUAUUAAUUCAUGGUAGGGACCACAUGAAAAUAUUUCUUAGGAAAAAACGACUAGGGCAGAACGCAGGCAUUGGUGGCGUUCGGGGCGUGGUUGUUCAUACCUCGAUUAAACUAAUCGCCCAUCUUGGGUUGAAUCUUCCUAAUCUCUGUCGUUGGUGAGCUUAUCGCGGGCUAAGAAUCCGUUGCUCAAACGCCGACAAUUGUUUUUUUAAGGGCAUUACCAAUCUGUGUUAUGGAAGUUUCCGUUUUAAUAAAAGUAAAAGAUGCCUCGACUAGUCACAUUGAAUGUUCGUCCAACAGUACAGAAAUUAAAGCCCACUGAAAAUAAUGGGCGAUUGGCACAUUUAAUCGUGGAUUAAUUUUAAUCGGAAAUACCGACAACCAGGUAAGAAGUUCCAUGAUGAACAGGAACAAUUGGUUAAUAUCGCUAUCUCAUGACUUUGAUUGAACACAAGCAUGUGUACUACUAAUUCCACUGCUAAUAUUUUCUAUGUUUCCCUACCUCAGAAAUUGCUUAUCGUUUUAUUCUCCAUUAGGAGGAUGCACUAACGUUGUUGACAAAAUCAACAAUGUUCUUAGCAACGAUGAAAAAUGACACAGCAAAAGAGGCGGAGAUUGGAAAAGAAAUCAACAUUAACAUUCUGACUGGAAUUGGAAACGUCAUGAUGGCUUCAUCUAAGGAUGCUAAAAUAACAGAAGAUGGAGAGAAAAGUGCUGUCGACAGAGAGAAGGUAUAUCUUUAAUGGGGUACUUGAGCGCUGUCCUUACCAAACUAAACAGGAUGCAAACGGGCAACUAAACACACAUUUGAAAGCUUUUAAUUUAAAUUUAUUUGUAGAGCGAUAAUAACCAAACAUUUAUAUAAGCAUAUUAAAUACUAAUAAAUAAUGAUGUCACUCUGUCUGCGGAAACGAAACAUUACUAAACUUUUUUCCCUCCUUUCUUUCAUACCAGAGCAAGAAAAUUACAAAGAGCUGCAUGAAACUCGUUGACGUAAUGAAAGACGAAGUUAUCGAGGCAGAGGGUAUCUGUGAAAACCCAAUAGUGAUUACCACUCCAUUUCUUAACCUAACAGCGUGUGUAGAAAGAGCUAACGACAUGAAAGUACAGAACCUGCUAAAAGGUGGAAACGGAGUUAAGCUUCCUGAUCCCAGCACCCUAUUCGAGGGUCAAGAGUUGGACAAUAAUACUGUUGUAGAUGUAAAGGUACUUAACACUUUGUCAGUCCCAGUUCAUUCAAGAUCUUUACUUAAACCCUUUAUUCCCUGUUUGCUACGAAUUCCACUUAAAAAUUCAUCGCCUUAAAAAAAAAGAAAAGAAAAGAAACAACUUUGGAGAAUUUAUAACCUUUGGACUUUUACUGCCUAUAUCCCAGCGUGUGACCAUAUAUUUGGUACAUUCAGCAGUACUUUUCUGCGGAAGUAGUUUUAGCCUACUCCAUCAUACAAUAAUGUUACCAGUAUGACGAUUAAAGAGCAUGUUGACAUGGAAGUCCUUAUAUCAAUACUAUCCUUUGUCAAAAAUUGCAGAAACUGCUUUAUUAGAGCCCAUUGGCACAAAUAUCUAAUUUAAGGUGUUCUCUUUUUUUUACAGCUUACCUCGUUUAGGGAGAAUCCUUACACCUGGCACGUGAACUCCAGGCUCAUUAGAUCUUCUGUUCUUGACGUAUCUUUAAAGAACGUCACUUCCGGCAGAGCCAUUCGUGUGCAAGGUCUUAAAAAGCCUGUGCAAUUAUUUAUAAAGAACUGGGAACGGGAAGAAAAAGAGCUAAAGAAACAAAAGAAACAGAAACCAAAGGAAAUCUUUUUCGUAAAACCUAGUCCUUCCAAUUCCAUAAGAAACAUGCGUUUUCAUAAAAUUUCGCUUUCAUUAUAUAAAGAUAUGGAAACCAAUAUUAAGAUAGUGCCAUCGAAUAACGAGAGACUAGAAAUUUACAUCAGAAACCGAGUAAGGCCAACACCGGUAGACAACAAUUUUCAAACCACUGUUCCCGACUUUACUUCCUGCUUAAACUCCUCGAGAGGAGACGGGUUUGACAAGUGUUUAUCAGACCCAUACCUAAUAAGGAUAUCGCCGAAAAUCACGGGACAUACAGGAACUCACUACAUCGGUAUUCGGUAUGUUCCUAAAUCACCCAUCAACAAGAAUAACAACACAACAAGAGUAAAGAGAGGAUGCCGGGAAACUGGCGGUCAACGUCACAAGCGGUCAUGCGUGGAAGUGAAGAACCCGCCUUCUGUAGCAAAGCUUGUAACUUCCGAAUUUCAAAAUGGUACUGACGUGUGGUAUAAAAUUAGAGUUACGAUGGGAGCGUGUAUGUAUUGGUCAGAGGAAAAAGAGGAGUGGACAAACAGAGGCUGUAAGGUAUUAUUUGUAAGCAUAUUAUGGGUCUAAGCCAAAUAAUAUGCAAGCGCAAAAUAUACUUUCUUCGACUUGUUUAAAAAUGAUUGUUGCUAACUUAGGUGACAAAGCCUAUAUUUCUACAUAGAAUUGUUUUUAGAAAGCAUUAACAUAGAGCAGCGAUGGAAUGUUUAAGAGACCCUCGUAUCCAUGUGGCCGGGAAUUGGCCAUAUUUGAAACCUCUUUUUUUAAUGUUCUCAGACGAGGUUGCUUGUAAGUCUAUGAGGCGGCAAACCACCUGGUAAGCUUACGCCUAAAAUCUGAAAAGGGGCUGUGCCUCGCCAUUUGCUAUCUUUACCGAAAGUUAAACCGUGUCUUCAUUUCAAUUGAAUCCAAAAAUAAAGACCCACACUAUAUUUAGGCACUGAAACUGUUUCUUAUUGUCUUUUUCUACUUCUACGGGUGGCAAGGGUGGACAUGGAUUGCCCAACUUUUUCAUAUUUUAAUACUAUGCCUCAAAAAUCAGCAAACAAUUAUCGUGUAUAGUGCCCCCUUAUAAAAUUUGUAUCAUAUCUUCAUAACCCUGCAAGAGUAUUGUGUAUGGGAAAAGACACUAAGUGAUGACUUCAGAACAAAAUUGACCUUAAACAGCAAUAUCCUCGUUAAAUAGCCCCUUCAGCAGCAAUUUCUAUUUUAUUUGAUUUUUAAGUCUUUUGUUCAUUCUCUAUUUCAUCCUUAUUACUGUUAGAUUGGAAGUAAAAAUACAGUUGGAAAAAUUCAUUGCCUUUGCAAUCAUCUGUCAGCAUUUGGUGGAGAUUUCUUUGUCGCGCCAAAUCCUAUCGAUUUUGAUGUGGUUUUUGAUGAGUUCACUCGCCUUGGGGAGACUGGAAACUUUGUGGUUUUAUCCUUCGUUUGCCUAGUAUUUGGUGUUUACGCUGCUGGACUCGUAUUUGCGAGGAGAGCGGACAAGAAAGACCAUUUUGAGGUAUUUUUUAGCAAGUGUAUUUUGUUCUACGUAAUUAACAGCUUGGAAAACUACUGAGUUAUCUAAUAUUCAUUUCAAAGUAUUCCUAUAUUUUUAUCCAUUUAUUUCGUCAGUAUGAAGCGUGCAGUGUGUCCUACCUUAGCCCUGUUUUUUUUAAAUUGUAUGGCUUCUUUGAAGAAUUAAUUAUAUUGAUUACAUUUAAUUGUUAUCUUUUCUUGUAAAGGUGAUUCCAAAUGUUCAGCUCCUGACAGUAGAACAUGGUGACCACAAACACUCUUACAACAUCUCAAUUCAAACUGGUAUCUGGAGGGGCAGUGGAACCACAGCAAAUGUUGCAAUAGUACUGUUUGGCGAGAAUGGAUGCACCCCUCCAAUUGUCUUAUCACAUAACUAUCUGGACAAAAAGUUCUUUGCUCGAGGAAGCGUUAACAGUUUUACUCUCCAUCUUACUGAAUCUCUGGGCCCGUUGUUUAAAAUUAAAAUUUGGCACGACAAUUCAGGAAAUAGCCCUGCGUGGUUUUUUCAUCAAGUACUGGUUACCUGCAAUGCUACUAAUGAAAAGUGGUAUUUCCUAGGUAACCAAUGGCUUGCUUUAAAUAAAGGUGAUGGUGAAAUUGAAGUGGAGAUUGCUUCCGCGGGAAAGAAAGAAUCGUUGGCUUUUAGAAACCUUUUUUAUUUUCGGAGUGCCAAAACUCUUAGCGAGAAGCAUUUGUGGUUAUCACUCUUUACGAAAGCACCUCAUAACACUUUUACGCGGUGCCAACGCCUUUCUUGUUGCUUUUCAAUAUUGUUUGCCACAAUGGUGACUAAUGCGAUGUUUUACAAACAGGGUGUUGGGAUAGGAGACUCUUUUAAGAUCGGUCCUUUUAAGUUAUCUUGGACUCAGAUUAAAAUUGGACUUCAGAGUGGGCUGGUUUCAGUUCCCGUCAACGUUCUUGUUGUUGCGAUAUUUAGGAACAUAAAGGCAGCGGCUUCAAAUACCAGCAACGGGAGCAGUAAACAAAAUGAUCUAAAUGAAAAAUCAAGCGGAUUUUUUCCUCAUUAUUUUGUUUAUAUUGGAUGGGCUCUUUGCCUGACAAUGUCCAUUGUAUCAGCAGCUUUCGUUGUUUUCUACAGCCUGAUGUGGGGUAAGGAAGUAGCUAAUCAGUGGCUUGCUUCAGUGAUGAUCUCCUUCUUUCAAGACGUCAUUGUGAUUCAGCCAAUAAAAGUCGUAGUUUUAGUAUCACUUCUGUCACUCAUCUUAAGAAAGCCAGUAGAAAAUGACGAAAUCUAUGGACAAUGUCUCUCAAGCCACAGAGUAGACAAGGAAUCCAUUUUGCAUCCACCGAAGGGUGAAGAGUUGCAUAGGGUACGCUCAUUGAGUGUUCUGAAAAGCAGACUUACGAAGGUGGUGAUAGAGAUCACCAUAUUUAUUGUGUUCCUGUCUCUCUUGAUGAUGGUGUGUUACGGCAAUCGUGACAGCACCAGAUAUCAGCUUACGAGGUCAAUAAGGCUUGUCUUCACAGGAUUUGAGAAGGUUUGUUUACAUUUAUAUAGAAUGAUAUAACUGUAACAUAUAUAUUUCCCUUUGGAGUAGCCUUGGUCAUCAUAUUGACAACUGACAACAAGCCCCUUUUAGAUUUCAACUAAUAUACCUUUUUUUCUCUUAUACCAAUGUUUUAUAUUGUUUCAUAGCGGUUUAUAUAGUGACGCUAGUAGAUGCUUAAAUCUACAAUGCAUUGUUAUAUUUGUAAUGACUAAGCCCACGAUGAUCCUAGUGCCAAAUAUGGUCAUCAGCUGCGAAAGAUUAUCUGACAACUUUGACAAAAAUAAUCAAGCUUAGUAUGUAAUGUAACUGGGUCAUCAGCGAACGAGCGUCAGACUCAGGAAACGUUCUUUUACGGUACGUGAUCCGUUACCCAAUAAGGGAUCACUGGUCACAGUAAUAGGAAUGGCGAUAAUGAUGAUGGUGAUAAUGAUAUUAAACGCCGAGGAGGAAGUAAAGUAAUUCACAGUCGUGAAUUAAACAAAUGUGAUUUUCUGUACCUGAAACAAUUUAAAGAAAAAAUUCGGCAUGCUAAAUGAAGUUAUACAGUAAAGCAAAAAAGAAGCCCUCGGAUAUUGAACAAAACUAAAGGGCAAGGUGUAAGUUAUUAGUUUUCUUUCUUUGCAGGUAAAUAGUACAGAGUCCUUCUGGAAGUGGGCUAAGGAACAACUCGUAGAAGGCCUUUUUAAUGUCAAGUGGUAUAAUGGCAGGCCUUUCAUCUACAAAGAGGGGUUUAUCGGCAACAGAGAAGCUUUCAUGGUAGGGAUGCCAAGACUUCGACAAAAGAGAAUCAAAAUUGGUGAGGGCAAAGCGAUGAUUUUAGACCUGUACUAUGUUUAAGUUUCCGUGGAAACUCUAUUUCUCAACACGUUUGAAAAAAAGGUGACACCAAGUGUCUUCUUGCGAAAAAUUUGUGUAAAUAAGACAGAAAAUAAAUAAUAGGUGUACUGUACCUCCCAUUUCAAUUUCAAAGCUUUAGUAGCUCAUAUCAACCCAUAAACUACAUCCCAAUUGUCAAUAAAUAUCUCCUAUGUAUCACAGGUGGCCCAAGCGUAAUAUGAGAGUUUGUAUGGGAAAUGAAACUUAGAUGAAAUAAAUGAACUAAAAGCGGUAAAAGUUAUCAAUAAAGUGUAAGUAUUGUUACCUGGUGUCGUUGUCUUUGUUUCAGUGCGAAUUGAGUACUUUUACAUCAAUUGACCUGACAGUAAUAAUAAGAGACAAGGCAGAACAGAAUCGCUAGAUCGAUCUUCAGAGCUGCUCAGAAUCAGCUUCAAAUUUCACGCGAAGAAAACAAACACACUUACAUUUUGCACCGCUGAAUCUACAAUGUGAUGCCUUAAGAUCACCUUUCAGCAAUCCGUUCUGGCAAACUUUGCGUCUGGAUCGCAUAACUCGAUCGAAAAGAUCAACUACAGUUCAACAAUCGGCGUCAUUUAUCCAUAACUGGUAAAAGUGUAACGUUUCGACCGUUUUGUUGCUCGGCGAGAGAGGGCGACAUUUCUUCGUUAAGACAAAUCUCUACGCACCCACAUCCCAGCAAGGGUAAAAAUUAAGGAAUAAUGUUUACAUCAGCUGCUUGAAAACUCGGAGUUUUUUUAAAAUUUUUCUCCUUGCUGGGAGGUAGAAGCGUAGAGAUUUGUCGUAACGAAGAAAUGUCACCCUCUCCCGGUGGGUUAUUAUUUGACGUUAGCGACCAGUCACCGCCAGCGACAAAACGGUUGAAAUGUCACAAUUUAACUAGACAUGGAUAAACGGCGCCGAUUUUUGAACCAUAUUUGACCUUUUCGAUCGAGUUAAGCGAUUCAGACGCAAAAUUUACCACAACGGAUUGCAGAAAAGUGAUCUUAAGGCAAAAUGUAGUAGUAGUCAAUUUAUUUCUCUCUAUAGGUUAUACGGUCAAGUUAUAGAAACAGGUAGUUCAUUAGUUAAGAAAUAACCUAAGAGAAAAAAGGGCAAAAAUAGUAAAACUAAUACAUUGCCCUACGAGAUGGAAAAAUAUAAAAGAUUUCUAAUUAAGUGGAUACAACGGAGGAAAAUAAAUAAAUUACAUUAAUUAAAAUGCUAAUACAGAAAACCAAAAAAAAUAACAAACAAUAAUCAAAUAAAAUAUAGCUGGUCUAAACACAUGAAUACACGAACACACACAGCGUGAUAUUAAUCUAGGUGUUAAGUAUAUAAGUAGAUGAGACAACUAAGUCAAUCUAGCAUUUAUUUAAUAUUGUGAUAAAUAAUGACUGAAGAGGGAAUUCUUGAAUAGUUUUUUAGUAGGCCUAGAACGGAUAGAAAUAGAAGAUCGUUCCGAAAGUGUGCUCCGGAAUUUUAUAAAAUCUAAGAUUAAAGCCUUUAGAGUAGCGCUCCAAAGCUAAGAGCCGUUUAUAAAGGGAAUUAAUCGUCGAGGUGUUAUUUUCCAUGUCCUGCUCAAUCUUCUCAACCUUGCAAUUGAUGUCGUGAAUUUCGCCAUUUACUUUUUCAAAUUUUACGGUAAGCGGAUCUUGUUUUUUUUUUUUGACAUUCCCUAUAGUAAAGCGUCGUUUGAAGAGACUCUGGCUUUAAGCGAGUUCAACUCGCUCAACUUCUCAUCUUUUGCGCUCUUGAUGGCAUUUACACUCUUCUGGAGCGAACCAAGUGUUACCCGAACAAACGUCUCAAAGUCUUGUUCUUCGCCUUUCUUAUUCUUUGCUUUCGUGCUCAUACGUCUAAGUGACAUUAACGACAUAAAUACAUAAAGAGAACAAAAAUGUAUAAAGCCUAGCCAUUGGAAAUUUCGUAUUCCACGGAGUUAAAAUGCUAGCGGCCCUCUUGCUGCCGCGCUACCCAAAAUGUAAGUGUGUUUGUUUUUCCGCGUGAAAUUUGGAGCUGAUUCUGAGCAGCUCUGUCGGUCGAUCGAGCGAUUCUGUCCGGCCUUGUCUCGUAUUAUUACAUUGUCAGGUCAGAUGAUGUAAAAGUACUCAAAUCGCGCUGAAACUUCGUAAAGGCAAAGACAACGACACCAGGUAACAAUAUUUACACUUUAUUGAUAACUUUUACCGCUUUUAGUUCAUUUAUUUCAAGUUUCAAACUUCUUAUUGCCCAUACAAACUCUCAUAUUACGCUUGGGCCACCUGUGCUAUAUAUCAGCCGAUUUCUACCAAAUUCGCAGUAAAUGUGUCUCAAAGAUGAAGGAACAUUUACUGAAAUGGACAAGUGUCAAGGUAAAAUUGUCUUGUUAAAAAUAAUUAAUAGAAAAAAAAUAGCGAGGGGGUUGCAUCCAACCCUACCUCCCCCCACUGUAAGUCCAAGGGUCAAGUGAACUUAAAAACUAUUUUUGUAGCUAAACUUUUUUGUUUGCAGUGAAAUUUGAAUGGCUCCCUUGUCCCUUGCAUGCCCAAGAAUAAUCCUCCAAGUCAUUUUUUUUUGUUGUCAGAUCCCAGUUGUCAAGUCAUGGUUGUUGAGCCUUCACUUGUGCAAUUGUUUCCCAGAUGCAUCCAAUACUACAGUGAAAAGAACGAAGAUAUGACCAAGUAUCACAAGCCCAAAUGGAUUCCAAUCUAUAAUGAAAGUCAUUUUGAAUCCCUUUUCCAACGGUCAUUCCUCUGUCCAAGACCCUGGCGUUAUGAAACUGCCGAGCAGUUGCGUACAUUGUCAUUUCAGGGCUUGUAUUCAGUGUACUCCGGUGGCGGUUACGUAGCUGAUCUUGGCUAUAAUCGAGAGGAUGCUCAGCAGGUGAUUGACAGCUUGGAAAUCAACAAUUGGAUCGAUAACAUUACAGCUGCUGUAUUUAUUGAAUUCACCGUGUAUGAGCCGGCAACCUCUUUAUUCUGUGCCAUUAAGAUGUUAUUCGAACGAUUUCCAAACGGAGGUACGAACACGGUUUCACAGUUUAAAACGUUGACAGUCUACUCUCCUCAAGAUCCUAACUUUCGAGGAGCCUAUGAGACAUGUCAAUUACUCUUCAUGCUAUUUAUCCUAGUAUGCGUGGGCAUCGAAGUUGUUAAGAUUUACCAGAGUGGUUUUAAGUAUUUCAAAGAUCCAUGGAGCUGGUUGGAGAUCGUUCUUCUAGGAAGCUCGGUUCUAUCAUUAGCUGUGUUCUUCUUAAAAGAAUUUUACACCAGCAAAUUCAUCUUAAAGGUUAAAGAGAACCCAUUUCAAAGCUGGAGCACAGACGACAUUGCCUUGUGGUCUGACACCGAAGUGUUUUUGCUGUCAUUUGUUGUAUUUUUAGUGACAAUGAAGCUUUUAAGAAUUAUUCGAUUUAAUUCGCAUAUUAUUCAAAUGCGAAUGACACUCAGUAGCGCCGCCAAGUUCUUCUGGUCUUUUACCGCUGUGUUUAUGACGAUAAUUAUUGCCUAUGUCAUGCUUACUACACUUACUUUUGGCAGAAGCGUUGAACAAUACCACUCAUUCUUGCGUUCAUUCAGCUCCGUUCUGCUCAUGCUCAUUGGCGCCAAAGCGCCAUUUCAUAAACUGCGAACUAUUAGUAUUUUUAUUGGACCAUUUUUCGUGUUUGCAUACAUGGUCACCAUUGUUAUGAUAUUCCUUAACAUGUUUCUAGCGAUACUUAAUGACGCCUACACAGAGUCCCGCGAACAGGGACAAGAGGGACUUCAGGAUUUAAAGAUUUCAAAACUCUUGAAGAAGAAAGCCAAGAAAACAGUCAUGGGAACUAAGGAGGUCGUAAUUAAAGUUAUUCAAGCAGUCCCAAAAUUUGCGUGGCUUAAACAGUCAAAAACUUUUGUAGCGUUUGAAAAUGAGGAAUGGAAUGGACCUGACGCAGUGGAAGAAGACUCUGCAUCUAACGAUGGUGAUAAUAUAACUUUAAGAGACAUAAUGGUAUUGCUUAAAAGUAUAAAGAAUGACAUCAGUGACUCUGUUCUGUCCCUUGAUGAUAUUGUUCCUGUGGUAACUAUUCAUGAUCCAGAUGAAAAAUGGACCUACCGACAAUGCUAUUCUGAUGACGAAGAUGGACAGUUUUACUCAUGCUCAUCUUUAUUUAGGAGCGAAUCAAACAGGCAACUCUGCUUGAAGUCUGACAAAAACAGGCUGUUUAGAUAUGAUCAUCUCAUUAUGGAUGAGUGGAACAGAAGAAACAAAUUAGUUGGUGAAACGUUCGUCUAACAAGUUAUUCGUAGUAAAAUCAAAUCAUUUCCAGCCCCUGGUCGCUGAAGAAUGGCAUUUGUUAUUGUUCAUUUUUUUUUUUUUCAGUCGCCAUCAACUAUGCUUUCAUGAGUAUGCAAUGAAUAUGAACUGAAACGCCUUAAUUUCCAUUGUGUCCCAUAAUGUUACUUGUGUGAGUGACGAAACAAUCCCCUGAUUUCAUGCACAUUUUUUUUUUCCAGAACUGGAGAAAACUAGCUUUAUUAAUACUCAUAUUUCAUAGUUAUGUUACUUAUCUUCGACCGUAUCCGCAGACUAAGCCGUUUUAGUAGGCAAUGGCCACCAGUUAUCUAAACAAAAAGUGAAAGAAACAAUAAUAAUGAAAAGAAAAAUAAUACACCUACUCUGAAGUAAGGUGUUUUGUCUUAGCUUCUUAGGUUAGUUAUAAAUAAAGAGCUACUUGUUGGAUAGAAAUAUUAUGAGGAUUCAACUGAAUUUGGAGAGCUUUAUCUUGGGGUAUUAUGAUCGUGACAAAUCAGGUUCAGAUUUGAUAUAAGAGCAAAUUUUAUCGCGUAUGUUUAUGUGGUCUUAAAAGGCUAAUAUGGCAUCUUUAGAGCGAUGCAAGGAGUAAGGCCACAUUUAUAUGGAGAAAACCUGUCCCAGGAAGAGUGGUCAUCCUCCAAGCCAAGUCAAAUUUUGCGAGCGUUUAUAUUAGGAAAAAAGUUAACCUUUUUCCCCAAGCCCACAACGCCCGCGCAUGCUCUGAUUGUCUCGCCUUGACCAAAUUCACCCGGUUGGGCGUUUCAAGAAGUUUAUAUGGGGAAGUUUUCUCUGCUAGGAGGGUGACAGUACCAUCAUAAAAAGAGUGACCCUGCUGGGCGGGCGUCUUUUUGUUUCUCAUGUAAAAGGUUUGUAAGGAAAUGAAAAGUUGGCUCGCCUAAGGUGCAUUGUAGCUCGAGUUGGCGGGCAAUCGUUCUACCCGGACACCUUUUUCAUCUUAUGCACGGGGCCUUUGUGUUGAAAAGGCGCUGUGAGUUAGGUAUGGGUAAUACAGUCAUAGUUAUAUCUAUGUUGUUUCUAAAGUAUAACAAAAGAAAUGCCCCCUUUACGAUUACGCCAUGUCCAGUUUACGAUUACGCUUGCCUGUCUCAUACCGUCGGCUCCGCGUGUUACCUUGGUGCACUAGCUUUUGAUGCAUGGAAAGUUUUUGCUCGUAAACUGGCAUGAUUGUUGUCUUCUACACAGGUUUCGAGAAUAGCAGUGUUUCACCAUAGGUUAGGUCUCUUAGUAAAACUACCAGAACACUUCAGCGAUCUCUUUCUAUCAUAAAUUGCGCUUUUUGUUUUACAACACAUGCUAGCUUGGAAUAUCAGAGAAAGGAAAAUAAAAUGCAUUCUGGUUGUUGCCAUAAGACAAUACACGUGACGAAACUGUAUUUGUUUUUCAGCGAGCACUUUUUUGCCGAAAGAUUACAGAAUUCAUGGAAUACUGAACGAUACAGCUAAGUUCAUGCCCAAUAAAUCUAUUAGGUAUCAUCAAUAUCUGAUUAAAAGAGGGUUUAACUGGUUACCUUUUAUAAAGAAAAUCUCGGUGUUUAAAUUUUAGUAACCCUCCCCCCCCCCUCCAUCCAUCUCAAUAAUAAAAGAAAAUCUUUUUAGCUUCCCCCGAUGAGGAAUUCGAGGAGACUUUCUAAUCAUGAAUAAUUAUGAAUAUCGUUAUUGCUAUUGUUAUUGCUAUUGGUUUUAGAUAUGACAGCAGUUUAUGUUUUGACUGAGACCCUACAGGAUACCCAGAGACGAAGUGCAGAAUGGAACCUGGAGCCUUUCCCAUUUAUUAAUACCUGUGAGCCAUUAUAUUAUACAUUUUUAAUUUAAUAGGAACGCAUCACUGGUCACUGCAGUACAUGUGCCAGCAAUUUAUGCGCAAUAUGCUUGGUUUCUUUUCAAACUUUGUUGUUAUUCCUAAAUCACUUUCUGUCAUUACGAAUUUUCAGAGACCAUACUGGGAUAUGCCAGUUGAUAGUUGUUAACCAUAACGUUUUUGACCCACCCUCUUCCAAGAAAAACAAGUUUCUUAGUUUUUACAUGCAUAUAUCAAGGUAUAGAAUUUGCAGCCAAGUUUUAAUCCCUUAAGUGGUCUAAUUCAGUGCACUCCAAGAAAAACAGACAGAAUAUGCACCUUGACAGCUGGUGUGUUUCACACAUUGACAGUGAAUUCUGGGACAGGGAGGGUGUUUCCAUUUAGAAUAAGUGAAAGCUAAAGAAUGAUUGAAGGAGGUAUGGAGUUUCUGUUAUAAAAACAAAAAAAAAAACAGUAAAGGAAGAUAUUUUACCAAUACUGUGCUGUUUUAAUCAAACCAAGAAGCAACAUUAUCAGUUGUUGUUGGCCAGAAGGUGUCACAUGUGUAACAUUAAAAUACUAGCAGGUACUGAUAUGACGUCACUGGGUUUUUUUUCUUUAAAGACAAUUUGUCAAAGAAGUGAGUUUAUUUCCUCCAAGAAAAGUGGACGAGAAGACGCUGAUAUAAAUCCUGGCUGCCUAAAGCGAUUCCCAGGUAAGACUUCAUUUUUGCUGCACAUAUUUUAUUCUUUAUAACCCUCCCAUUACAAUCGUUCACUUGCCUUGAAAAGAAUUUUGAUCUCUAUUUAAUUUUCUUAUCCUUCUUUAUUCACGUUCAAACGGGAUUUUUGACUUUCUGUUUAUUGCUUUCUUUAAUUGUUAUCUCUCUUUAAAUUUAGUGACAGCUUCUAGGGAGGACCUGAAUAACUAAUAUUCCUCUUUAACAGACGCUUCGAUUCAGGUUUCUGGCAAUGCGACAUGAUGACCAAAAUAGCACGGCAGGGGUAUUCUGAUUACAGAUAACAAUUCAAAUAUAUAAGCUUUUUGUAAGCGUUUAUUUACUGGACUAGCGUUCCAUUUGCAAUAUAAGAAUACAUCUUCAGGUUGGCAAAAUGCUUUCAAAAGAUGUUUAGCACAUCUACUGAUUCGCUGAUAUAAUCCAACACACGCGCAACUGUCUAGUUGAAGUAAAUGACUUGCUAGUACAAUUUAUAUUAAUUACUUUAAUUUUUCUCAGGAAAUGAAUUUCAGGUUUGCCUUGACCCUCGCACUUAAGAUUAAAAAUUAAAAAAAAAAUACAAAAAUAAAAAAGAAAGGAAAACCUAUCUUAAUGUAUUUCUUUUUUUCGAAAGUGUCAGAGCUUACUGCAUCAUUUAAAAGACUGAGUUACUUUUGUUUUCAAAACAACCUCAAAGAUCAUGGAUUGAUGUUAGUUUAAUUUUGCCGAAUCAAGAGAGAGAAAGAAAUCGACUGUAUAGCGUGGCUUCCUUGGAAUUUGAGUGGAACGUGCCGAAAAAAAAUACCCUUCAAUUUACAGGAAUUGUUGAAUUAUGAAACAGGUUUUUGUUUAAUUACGUUUUUUUUGCUGAAAUGUGUUUUCGUUUUUCUUCUGGGUUUUCUGUUUCAGCCAAAUCCGUAGUUUAACUUUAGAAGGCCAACGUUUUGCAUCCAGGGAAUACUUGAACAAAAUAAAGUCCUUGUGGUUACACAGUUUUGCGUUUUUUGGCAAGGUUUAAUUACACAUUCACUCGAAAAAGACGUAGCCUAAAAGCCAUUAAGACCACUCUAAUCGUCCUUGUUGUACAAAACAAUGUUUGCUCGUAAAAAGCUUCAUCUCUUUAUGUAGCCUCCUUUACUCUUAGCAUCAGAGUAGCAGUAACUACCUAACGCAAACUUUGGUUUCCAAAGAGAGUGUACUUUAUUGUUUUUCAACAUUCUCUUGGCAGCGGCACCUUUUUGCAUUUCAUUAUAUAAGGCAUUUAUUUGUUAAUAGAAAGGAGCGUAGGCUGCAGAUUCCUCUUUGCAAGUUCUAAAACACUUAGAAAUUUUAUUAAGCCCUUUCCAAUUUGCACUUAAAAUUCCUUUUUUUCCUAGGGCUAUUGAAAAUGCGUUUUAUUUUUUGCCUUAUCGGAACUUAAUCCAGAGAAUAUUAUUACAUCUAUCCUAACUGAAGGCUUAGUUACUAGUGCUGGCAUUGACUGUUAAAAAUGGGAACGACAGUUUGCGAAGGAAAUAAGCAGUGCCGAGGUAUAUGUAAGCUAUCAUCGAAGGACUUCCCGCUUUUUUUUAUUAUCUGUUUUAUCAUUAUUUAACUUGGUGGAAAUAAAUUUUGAAUAGGUAUUUGAAUUUUAAUUUUUUUUUCUGGCAAAAUUCAUAACACCCAAACUGUUCGUGUAUGAAUAUAAAUUGACUAAUUAAUGCCUGCCGGUGGUGUUUUGAAGCCAUUUAUUAAUAUUUGGUGCUAUCAUUCGUGUAAAAUCUAGAUUAUUUUAAUGAAAGAAUCCUUUUGUGAUAACGACAUAGGGCUUUGGUGGGGUAUCGUACGACAGUAACAGAAAAGCUGGUAUGUACUUUUUAAUGACCACAGGUUAUGAAGAUAGAAUUGCAAUUUAGUGCCAGCAAACAAUAUAAUUCUCAGUUGUAACUUGAGUCAGUCUUCCAUGAUCAAAAACAAGCACUACGUCAAUAGUACUGCACAACAGCUGCUUUUGUCUGAAACGUGCGUAGUGUAAGGAUUUCAUAUUAUGUACAAUUAUACACCUUUACAUUUACAUGUAAUACCAUACCAUGAAUUUGAUGAUUGUCACUUACGACUUAUUACUGUGGAGCCAGAGCUGACACCAUGGGAAAUUCUUUUUUAUUCGAGCAGACAUGACAAAUUGACGUCAAGAAAAUGGGAGUGGGUUGUUCUGAAAAAAUAAAAAUAAAAAAACUUUAAUAAAUACAUUUUUGAAUGUUAUGAAUGACAAAACUGAAUAUAAUGCCCAGAGAGAUAUGAAUGCUUGAGCAAUUUAAAGAACUUUGAGGCUGUUUCCCCCCGUUUCCCACUGAAUAAAAGAAAAGAGAAACCAGGCACGUAAUCUUUAACCCUUUACUAACAGAUGCACCGCAAAAUGGAGUGUAACUAUGUUAUUGAAUGGUAUAUGGCUGAUUCUCUGUCCGUAGGUUGGCAUUACAUAUCAUCAUGAAUAAUAAACUUUCACAUCACUGCCGGCAAUAUAAAUCUCUUUUCUCUUUAGACGCUCAAGGAGCUAAAAACUUUACUGUUGCGGUAAUUGCCUUCUGUAUACUUGUCAGUAGAAUCCAUCAUGGCUUAUAAUGUAUAAAGUCACGUAUUAAGUUCUGAAUAUCUUUGAGUUUCGUUAAAAAUGCAUGUCAGCGUUUUAAAAGGCGACAAUAAUACAUUAGGAGAUAAACCAAACUGAUACAAUACAUUUUUCUUUCGUUAUAUUCCGCCUCAGGAGUCUUUUUUUUAUUGUUGGGAAUGCGAAAAUGCCUCGUUUUUUGCUCGCAGCGGUUUUUUUUUAGUGAGUGUUAUCGAAUUCCUAUCUAUCACCUCUCAACUGUCAGGAACGGCGCUUAUAUUAAAACCCACGCUGCUUCCAUUCAUUAACACAUCAAUAACUAAAAUGACUCUUUUUGCUUGAAACAGACAGCUUUUAGUGCGAUUUGUUUUAAUCAAGAAUCGUAACUUCACUGAAAAAGCAAUUAAUGCGCUCGAUCUAUGUAUUGACGUCUGCGAAGACAUUGAAACCAACCUUAUUAUGGAUACACUCGCGUAUUUGGCUUAACAUAUCAAGGUGCACGUAAUAGCUGCAAUAUUUUGGCCUAUCCAAAUACGAAAUUAGUUACAGGGCAACACAAUUCAUACAGCCCCUGCCUGAACAAAGCAUCAUAAUCACUUGGUUCCUACCGGAAGAUAUCAUGACCUUCCGAUUCAGGAACAACAUAUAUAUCAUUAGUUUUUAAUCUUGUUUCUCUCCUUAACACGACUCAUUAACUUUAUGUGGUGCGUACACGAUUCUGUGGUGUGUGGAUAAAGAGGCGCGGGUAAAAAUUAAAGAACUAGUAAGAUAAUCAAGGUUGACCACCAAAUUGAUUUACAUUCUCAGCCGUUGUUAGCCCAUUUCAUGCCGGUUUUAUUAUCUAUUACAUAGAUAUGAACUGACACAUCAUAUAAUUUCUGUUACACCCAUACAAGUUUAAGCCACCGAAACGUUCACAUGUCCCUUUUGCACCAGACUGUUCAAUACCUGGAUAUGAGUACUUUAAUAACUUGUUUUUGUACGGCGGAGUAACAUUAAAUUUUCUCAUCGGCAAAUUAAAAGUGAACCGCAAAUUUGUAAGUUUCAGGAGAGAAAUAAUAUCAAAAAUGUCGAUAAUCAUCGAGGUAAGGUAAACAUGAUAGAUCAAGACUUAGUUCACGAAUAAACGUAUUUUCUUUUACUUUAGGAAGAUCUUAUACAGGUCCAGGCCAGGAGAAGUGAUUGAUGAGUCUGGAACAACCAUGUAUUUCUACUGUUUAUGGAUUCUGUUACUCGUACCCUUUAUUGACGGAAGCAAUUGUUCAGGUACAUAACGAAAAAUUCCUACUUUUCGGGGUUAUAUUGAAGAUCGAAGAUCAGGCAAUACAGGCGUGUGAUUCCUUUUUUUCUGAAUUGACGCUGUUUUCAAGGUUAAAAAUUCAGAUCAGCGAACGUUAAAUGUAUUUGGAACUGAAAGUGAUCUUCUUCAACCUCAAAACAACAUUGUUAUGGGUCAAUACGAUAAAUUCAGACGAGGACUGAAUAAUUGAGAAUGAGUAUUGAUGAACGUCUUAGAGAGUACGGCCAUACAAAACCCUUUACGACAAGUUCCCAUGAAAACCGCGAAGAUACAACUUGAAAGGUAAGAAUAGUCGCAGAUUCAUUUACAAAGAUAAAGGUACUACUGAAUAAAAUGGAUUUAAAGAAACAGCAGCACAUGUUAGUGAUUUAAAGACACCGGAUGUUCGUUUUUUAUUGGUCUCUCAAGCGUCGAUAUUUUUUAAGUGUCCACUCCAACUUUCCUUGUUGGUUUUCGUCAAAGCAAUUUGGGCACUUUGGUGUCUGCGAGAGGUCUCAAUGAGGUGUCCCUGCCUCACUGAUCCUGAGGUAAGAACGGUCAUUAAAUAGAGGCCAAAAGUAAUGAGUAAAAGUCACUUAUCAGCAGCCACGAAACUGUUUUAAUCAUCUAAACGAUUGCUUUCCUUGUAACAGACAACUGCAACGAAGCACUUGGUAUGGAAGACUACAGUAUUGAGGACUAUCAGAUUUUCGGUGGCACUGCGUACGAUGGCGAUUACGCCAGUUACGGUUCUCAGAAUGCGAGACUGCACAGUUCUUUUGGAUACAGAGCAGAACCAUCGGCUGAUACAGCAAGGGACAUAAUAGUAAUCACAUUGAACGAGGAGAUGGUAAUUACUGGAAUAGCCACACAAGGGUAUGGUGGACCUGGCGUUCUGGAAUGGGUUACGGGCUUUUAUUUGUUUUAUACGUCUUUUGAAGGAAUCCGACUGCCUGUCAUAAACGCCAAUGGACGAGAAAUGGUAAGAUAAGAGAAACAGGCUUGCUUUUACUUUAAUAUAUCAUUAUCAUCAUCAUUGUUAUUUUAAUAUUUUAGGAGGACUUCCAUGUUGAAAGAUUUGGAAGACAAUUUGCAGAGGCUUAUUGUAUUCCCUUUUUAAGUUCCGGAUCGAUAGUGAGCUUCCAAGAAUAACAUAUCGUAACUUGUAGCAAUAUUUAAGAAAAAAGAGUUUUAGAUCUAGGUGAAAAUGGAUCUUGCAGAAGGUCACAAUGCUGUCUUUUAUUUCGUUAACAUCCAAAUUAUCCCUACUGAUUAUAGAUUUUUUACUAUGAUAAAUAAGAUCUAUAGUAGUAUAAAGAAAAAUUAUGCUCAGCGUUGCACAUGUCAACACCUGAGUUCUUGCAUUCUCAGUUUCCAUUUUUUCCGUCUCUAUUUAAAAAAAAAAAAGAAAGAACAAUAACAUACAUCUUUUAGUGGUUUUACAACAGUUCUUCUACAAAUUUUAUAUUUAUAAAAACAUAUAUUAUCACUUGAAGAAUAAACACAGUUCAGCUCUUCGUCUAAAAAAGGAAAACAAUGGUUGGUUGUUCCCCUUUGGAAAUUUCCACCAUGGAUGAAUUUUCUUUGUGUUUUAUCCGAAAUUUCGAAAAGCAUUUAGAAAGGUUAGAGCUCUUUCUCCAGAGGAAUUUCUGUUAUUAUACAAACAACAUUAUCUGACCAUACUUUUAUUCUAUUUUCUCUUCUUCUUAGUUCUUCAUUGGCAAUGCAGACAGCAACACCAUCAAGAGAAAUGAUUUGCCUAUCCCUGUUCUUGCAUCUACGGUGUACAUUAAGCCUAUCACUAAACACAAGAACGUUGGUUUGAGAUUGGAGCUUUAUGGGUGUAAAGGAGGUAUAAUAUUAAGAACUAUUAGCUUAAUUCAGCUAAAGUUUGUAAAUCAAAGAAACUGCACAAAACGUCAGACACUUGACUUCACUUACCCUACGAUCAUCAAUACAACUAUAUAUAUCAUGACUUCUGGGUUACACGUUUAAAUCAUUUGGUUUUUUACAGAAAAAUAUAACUUUUGACAAUAAAUUUCUUCAAUGGUUGUAAUUAAUAGGUCAAUUGCUUAAAAUAUGCCAACUCUAUUUUCAAAAUUCAACGAACAGCGAGGAAAAAAACCGCAAUGGCUCACAGAUACGACUUUCAAUAUUUCAGGGCAUUAUUUUAUUGUCUGGUUGAUGAUGAAAAAUACAUAUUUCACUGUAUUGUAUACCAAUCCUACGAGCGAUGAAUAUAAAGAGGCCACCAAAAGAAUCAUAUACGAGGUAGGUUUAUCGACUGUUGUUGACGUUCUCUGACAUUAUAUUGUUACUGAAUGUUCUGGAAGACGAAUGAUGAAUAAUUUUCAAGUAUUCACGUAAUUCAAUGUUCAUAUUCAUAAAGAGCACUUCUAAAAAUAUAUUUAAUAAGCAACUGGGAUCAAAGAUAUUUAUGACUACAUAUAUGUGUGGAUAUUCUUAAGUUACUGUAAUUACUGAAAGGAUGAGCGGUAUUGAAAGAAACAGUACAUUAACUGAAGAGUUGAAAAACGUUCAAGAACUACUAUUUGUUGUGAUUUUUUUCCUAGUACCAUUUAAGAGAAAACAUACCCGAAAACCCCAGAUCAAUUGUAAUAACUCGAGCGGUCGCAUCUAGAAGAUAUGAAAGGAGUAACUGAGCUUAAACAUCAUCUUUUCCUUCUUCACAACAGGUAAAUGACAUUUUAGGUACAACCUGGGGAUUUCUUUUCGCCAAAGUAAAAGAACUGAGGUAAAGACAAAAUAAAUUGUUGGUUUUUACUGUUAGCGCCCAACUUAUCUUACAAUUUAUGUAACGUAUUGAAUGAAUGGAGAAAAAAUAGAGUGUACUACCGUGGCAACAAAACUUAAAUAAAUGAUGUGAAAUAACAACUCUUUACUUUCUUUACCGUUACGUUACUUUUUUGAAAAGCUGGAAAGUAAAUUCUUUGAGGGAGGGGGUGGGCGGUGCUUCAGAGACUCUUGGAAUAGUUCUAAAAUACUCGCCUUUCAUUUUUAAAUAAGAAUGAGUAACUAAAAGCAAAGAAAGGGCCACGUCGCUCAUUUAACAGAUCAAUUGUCAAUAGGAUAAAUAACUCCAUCCUUUUUCGUGGGAAAUUUCCAGUUUAUGGUGCUUCCAUGACAUUUUGAUAAACAAAGAUCAAUACUAUUAUGGUAUUGGAGAGUCAUCGUAGAAGAAAGGUCACUUGUCAUCGGUAAUCAUACUUUGCGUAUUAUUUAGUCGACCUACAUUUGUGAGUUCUUGUUUCAAGUUCAUCAAGGGUAGCAAACCUUGUCAAAUUAGUAGCCUGAGAAGGCGUUGGGUGCGUUCUUUGGUAAAAUACAAAUCCGGAUUAUAAAAACCAGGAACGAAUUUUGCUUUCUUUUACUUAAAUUUAAAAUGGCAGUUUUUCAGUGAAAAUAUUACACCCACUCAGUUCUCUUCGGUUCGCGACAUUUAUGAUGUACCGAGAAAAAUUCGUUACUCUUUCAUUAUCCUUCCCUUAUAUUAGCGAAAAAGUUUUGACCGCUGAUAUUUAAUUAUAAGUCACUUGACGGACCCUAUUAUUGUCACAAAUUACUUAGCCUAUCGAGCCAAAUUUGCAGUUUAUUUUUCAGGUUAUUAGCAAAUAGUAAAUAGCGUUGAUAAAAGAUGCAUACAUUUAAUUAGGUAGUUAUCCCGCGAGGGGCCUGCGUGCUUGUACUUUUUGUACUAUUUUUAAUGAAUUGAACUCCGCCCUUUUAAAAAAUAAUAUUUUGGACUUAGAAGAUGGUAUAAUAAUCAAUUUUCAGCCCACAAAAAUCACCAACCUCCAGCACAAUGGUCACAGCAAUAGUGGAAAUACAUUGUUUGCGAUCCAGCGAACAGUUGUUGGUAGCAAAACUCAGGUCCGCAGUGGAAAAGGAGCAAUCAAUAUUUGAGGCUAACUUCUUUAAGCUGCAAUAUCCAAGUAAGAAUUCUAAGCGUAACAGUAAAUCCUAAGGAUGUUACUGCAACAGGGGACGGAAAACGAGUAACGAGCAAGAGGAACAAGAAAGUGAAAAAUGGGAACAAAACAUCGAAUAGUUAAUGUACUUAUUAACAGAAUCAGGGUCUAAGUUAGGUCCCAGUUUUCAUUUUCCCGCUCCCCGUUCUCGUUGCCUUUUCCCUAGCCUGUUAGCUGUUUAGAGUAGAUAAAUGUGGCCAAAAUAAAGAAAUCGCAAUAAAAACAAAGCCAUUGUUGAGAUACUAUUACAAUAUUAUUGUUAUUGUUGUUAUCACUUAUUAUUGUUAUCACGUUCUUAGGCAUGAUGAAUGACAUUGGCAUUGACAACAGGCAGCAACUUUAUAUAAUCAAGAAAAUGAUAAAUGGAGCCAUUAGAGCAACAUUACAUCUUUGGUUGUAGAAAUAGGAAUUGGAAUAGACUUUUGUUUUGCUUUGUUUGUUAGUUUCUUUCUUUUUGAAUAAUUCAAUAUCAAGCAGCAUUUGUAAAUUGCCUUUACGUGGCGAGAUUUUCAAUUGUACUUUCAAAAACACAAAUAAAGUUUCCAUUAUUAUUACAGCAUUUGUCUGCUGAUGUACAUUGUACUUUCCUGGUUGUAGGGCUGAUUUAAGUCUAAUUCUGAACAUGAAAACGAUUUGCUUCAUUAGUAUUUAUUUGUAGUGUUUCCGUCUUUCGAUCUUCCUUUUUAUUUAAUUACCAAUAAUCACGUUAUAUUAUCGCUUGCAAAAUAUUUAUCAGAGAACUUAUCUUUUUGCAGAAAGAUGCGAAUGUACUCCAGUUGAAGCUGAGUUGAACCUUGGUAGAAAUAUGACAAGUGCGAAGGAAAUUUUUCGUUCAAAAAGAGGCCUGAUGUAUUAUGCGAUCAAAGUAAAACAGACUUGUUUACAAAAUGGUGUGUUUUAUUCAUGGCAGAUAUCACAAGUUGACAAGGAAACUGGUUAUUUUGGCCCGAUGCAAAACUUUGGAAAUGGAGAGAGACUCAUAUUGCUACCCAAUCGCUUUGAUCUUGGCUAUCUUUAUGUACAGUGUAUUGUUGAAAUAAGAGGUGAUACUAAUUCAAUGGCUUACGAUUAUGGCUAA